UUUUCAUUCAUAAAAAAAAAUCAUUUUUCAUUCAUCUACUGCGGUACCGUUUGUUCGGUCGAUUGUUUUUCCUAUCCGUGUUUUUCGUACAAAUUCAGGUGAAAAAUUCGCGUAGACGGCCCAGAGUCCGCGAAUUUUCCAGGAUUGCAUUUUGAACCAGAUUCGUUGCGUGGGGUGUGUCCAUUGUCGUCCAUUAUCGUCGGAUUAGUCAUCCAUCGUCGUAUUUGCACUGUGACCACUGACAAUGACCGAGCGUCAUACUUUUGGGGGCAAUCUGAGCCCAAUCACCUGCCAUGCCUGGAACAAGGAUCGCAGCCAAAUUGCCAUCUCGCCGAACAACAACGAGGUCCACAUCUACAAGCGGGAGGGCUCCGAAUGGAAGCUGCUGGAUGUGUUGAACCAACAUGAUCUGCGCGUCAUGGGCAUCGAUUGGGCUCCGAAUACCAAUCGGAUUGUGACUUGUGCCGUCGAUCGGAAUGCUUACGUUUGGACCCAAGGGGACGACGGCAAGUGGAAACCGACGCUGGUUCUGCUGCGGAUCAACCGGGCUGCGACGUGCGUCCGUUGGUCGCCGCUGGAGAACAAGUUCGCGGUGGGAUCCGGCGCCCGGUUGAUUUCGGUGUGUUACUUUGAGUCGGAGAACGAUUGGUGGGUUUCGAAGCACAUCAAGAAGCCGAUCCGUUCGACGGUGACAUCGCUGGAUUGGCAUCCGAACAAUGUGCUGUUGGUGGCCGGUUCUACCGAUUACAAGGUUCGGGUGUUUUCCGCUUACAUCAAGGACAUCGAGCAACAUCCGGAACCGACGGCUUGGGGUCCGAAGAAACCCCUGGGGCAGAUGUUGGCCGAGUUCAAGAAUUCGACCACCGGAGGUGGUUGGGUUCACAGUGUGAGUUUCUCGGCCGAUGGCAAUCGGGUUUGCUGGGUUGGCCACGACAGCGCGAUCAACAUUGCGGAGGCAAACAGUGGAAACGUGGCCAUCAAGCUCAAGACGGAAUACUUGCCGUUCCUCUGCUGCGAGUGGAUCUCUCCGCAAUCGAUUCUGGUAACUGGCCAUAGCUGCGUUCCGCUGAUCUAUACCUUCGACGGAAGUCGCAUUGUGCUGGCCGCCAAGCUGGACCAAUCGACCAAGAAGGAACAGAGUGGCAUCUCGGCUAUGCGGAUUUUCCAGUCGUUGGAUCGGAACUCGCGUACGGAGAAUUCCGACACCAAUCUGGAGUCGAUCCAUCAGAAUGCAAUCACCUGUGUGUGCAUCUAUUCGGGUGACAAGGGAAGUGCCAGUCGUAUCAGCACUUCCGGUCUCGAUGGCCAGUUGGUCAUCUGGGACAUUAACACGCUGACCCGUUCGAUGCACGGUCUGCGCAUUUAGGAGCGCACCAUCAGUAUUCAUCGGUCAAUGCGGUAAGGGAUGAAUGUUGACUGAUUUACUUUAAAUAUUUCUGCAUUUAGUUGCAAUCAACAAUGCCCUCCU